GUCCUCCUCCACACAGCGCAGCAGGCCAUGGACUCGUCCCAGGAGUCGUUCGUCGUCGUGUCGCCACACCACCCGGCGCACCUCCCCGCCCACCUCGCCCGCUUCUUCCCCUCGCUCAACGACACCGACUCGCUCCCGCCGUCCCUCUACGACCUCGCACAGCGGGUCGAGCAGCAGCGCACCCGCCAGCCCGACCACAAGCUCUUCAUCGACCACCUCGUCGCCCUCGCCCUCCCCGACCUCGACGACGCCCACCGCCCCUCGUACCCGCACGAGGUCGCCUCGCUCGUGUCGCGCCUCGCCGCCGCAGGGCCGUCCCCCGUCGCGCGCUCGAGCCUGUACUACCUCGCCCUCGCCCUGUCCGGCCCGGACCUCGCGCGCGACCUCGCCCUCGACCUCGUCCUCCCCGUCCCCUUCCGCCUCGCGACCCGCGCCCUGUUCCUCGUCGACUCGGGCCAGUACGCCCUCGCCCUGCGCCACCUCGCCGACCCGCGCGUCCAGGCCGACUUUGUCCCGCGCACGUUUGCCGUCCUCGCCUCGGCGCCCGACGACCCCAAGGACCGCGCCCAGCUCGUCCUCGGCUACUGGCGCCUCGCGCGCAUCCGCCUCGACGACUACUCGAGCGCCGAGUGCAAGCACGUCCUGCGCGCCCUGUGUGCGCCCGAGCGCCUGCGCGGCGUCCACGAGGCGUGGCAGCUCGCCCGCACCUGGCCCGUCGAGGCCGAGCGGGACCAGCUCGCGGCCACCGUCCUCGAGACGUGCUUUGGCGGCACGUCCCCUCGCUUGCCUCUCCCCAACCGCACGGGCCUCCCGGUCUCGGCGCACCUGUCGGCCCUCAUGGUCGUCCCCUUCACCUCGUCCGAGGACGCCCUCGCGUCGCGCUUCUGCGCCGCGCCCACCUCGCCCCUCAGCCUCACCCUCACCGUCGACUGGCGCCUGUCCAAGCUCGUCGCCGAGGCGCGCCCCGUCGACGCGCUCCGGUUCUACUCGCGCGUCCGGACCGACCAGGGCGACAAGCUCGCAAAGAGCGACGCGCGCGACCGCCUCCUCAAGGCCGUCGAGGCCAACUUGAGCGACGCGCAGCGCUCGACGCUCGAGCUCGACCUGUCGCAGCCGCCGGCGCCGGCGCCCGCACCGACCACCGCCGCCGCCGUGCCCGCGCGGCAGCAGGUCACGCACCCGGCCUGGGCGCCCUCGGCGCCUCCUGCCCCCCGGCAGCAGCAGCAGCAGCAGCCGGCGCCCUCGACGCCCGCCGCGCCGCCUCGCACGCUCGCCGCCGCCCGGGCCGCUCAGCGCCCAGCUCCGCCGCCCGCCGCCCCGACCGCCGACGAGCUCCCGCUCUCGGCGAGCCCGUUCGUGCGCGCCUCCGCCGCGGCAGGCGGCGGCGCCCAGGGCGGGCUCCUGCGCGCGCUCGAGCACGCGCACACGGGCCUCGCGACGCCGCGCAAACUUGCGCCCUCGGCGGCGGGCGUCGCGCCCGGCUCGCCGUUCACGCAGGCGCAGGCGCCGACGCCUGCUCGUGCGAGUGCGCUCGUCGCCGCCGAGCAGCAGCAGCAGGUGCAGGCGUCGCCGAGGCCGACGCUUGCGGGUUUUGGCUCGGUGCGCCAGGUCCCGCUCACGACGAGCGCGCUCGCGUCGCCGGCGCCGAGCCGGGUCGGGGCCGCGGGCCGCACGCCGGCGCGCAUCACGGCCGCCGUCGAGGACAAGGACGCCGACGAGGACGACGAGAUGCGCUCGCCGACCGCGCAGGACGAGCCGCGCGACCGGGCCGCCCAGCGCACCAAGGCCGCCGGCUCGGGCACGGCCGCUUCUCCCGCUCGUCGCGCAGCUAGCGGCGCCGGCAAGGGCAGCGAGCCGACCAAGCGCCGCGCCGUUGCGCGCCGCCCGCCGCACGACGGCGAGGUCGACGCCAAGCGCAGCAGCACGCGCACCGUCGUCAAGCAGCAGCAGCAGAUGAGCCGAGCUGCCAAGCCGCCCGGCGCGUUCCCCUCGUCGUCGGCUGCGUCGACCGGCGAGGACGACACGCAGGACGAGGCGGACGACGAGCCUGCGCCGGCGCCGGCCCCAGUCGCGCCGCAAGCAGGCCGCCACCGUCGCACAGACGCCGCGCCGCCGCUCGGCGCGCGCGAGCGCCGCGGCGUCGUCGCGCGCCGGGACCGCCGAGCCGGCGUCGCCUCCUGCUGCGCCCGCUCCGACUGCCGCGACGACGACGGGCCGCCGGGCGACGCGCGCGACGUCGGCGACGCCGUCUGA